AUGCUCCUCCCCAUACCCGAAAUCGACGACCCCGUGCUGCGCUUUGUUUCCGUCGUCAAGUUCUACCUGAGUGGAUGGCACAUUAGACCACCGGGAGUGAAGAAGCCGCUUAACCCGAUCCUCGGCGAGAUAUUCACCUGCUACUGGGAUUUGCCCGAUAACACGAAAGCCUACUACAUUUCCGAGCAAACAUCGCACCACCCUCCCAAGUCGAGCUACUUCUACAUGGUCCCCGAACACCACAUCCGCGUUGAUGGCACACUCAAGCCCAGGAGCAAGUUCCUGGGGAACUCGGCCGCAAGCAUGAUGGAAGGCACGGCUGUUUUGUCGCUCCUCAACCGGGGCAAGGACAAGACCAAGGGUGAACGAUACAUCCUAACGCAGCCCAAUAUGUACGCCCGAGGCAUUCUGUUCGGAAAGAUGAAGUAUGAGUUGGGAGACCACAGCUUCGUCCGUUGCCCAGAGCUUGAUUUGGUUGCCGACAUUGAGUUCAAGACGAAGGGCUGGGUCAGUGGCACUUACAAUGCGAUUGGCGGCUUCAUCAAGCACGAGAGCACAGGCGAAGUUCUGUACGAGUUGUCGGGACUUUGGAGUGAGGAGAUGUAUGUCAAGGAUGUCAAGACUGGGCACAAGGAAAUGUUCUUCAAUGCCAGAAAGUCGAAACCGAGCAGCCCUCUGGUCCGGCCAAUCGAAGAGCAAGAUGAGCGUGAGUCUCAGAAGCUCUGGUUGGCAACAGCUCAAGCUGUGAAGGACCGUAACCACGAGCUCGCAACAGACGAGAAGACCAAGGUCGAAGACAGGCAACGCGAGGAACGGGAAAUCAGAACACGCGAAGGCAUUGAAUGGCACCCCAGACUCUUCCGAAGUGUGCAGGGUGGGCCUGGUGGUUCUGAGGAAGGCGAGGAAGAGUUGGAAUGGAUCAUCAACGCCAAGAUGUGCGUAUCUGCCAAGGUUAUCUCCUUUCGAGUUGAUGAACUAACACGAAGCAGUGACAGCACGACACCGGAGGGGCAAACCGAGCAGAUCCUGGCUAUUUACCCCAUCCUUCCAGGACAGAAGCCAUCUGCGACGAACGCAGUUACUCCCCACAGACCCUCGGCGCCCGAGGCUCCGGUUGAGGAGGCUCCGGCAGAUAAGGCCCCGGCCGUUCAGCAACAGGAUGGUGGAAAGGACUUGAUUGACUUUGGCGAUGCUCCGGCAGCCACCCCUUCUGCCGCGACAUUCUCCGCGCCGGCCAUUCAGUCCCCGGCGGGUGAACCCCUGGCGACGCAAGAAUCGCGGAGCGGGUCCAAGGACAUACAGAGCAUGCUCAACCAGACGGGAUCGCAACCUGCCAAGGGCCCUUUGAUGGACUUCACCACAGACAUGAAGAAGAACGUUCCGUCACUGAACAGGGCUGACACCAGCGAGGACAGCUUUCAUGAUGCAUUGGAGUCGAACUAA